AUGGGUCGUAAGAAGAUCGAUAUCAAACUUAUCGAAAACAAAAACAAUCUCCAAGUGACCUUCUCCAAGCGUCGAAACGGCCUCUCAAGAAAGGCCUUCGACCUCUGCAUCAAAUAUGGCACCAGCAUCGCCAUCCUCGCCUUCUCGCCUGCAGGCCGACCGUAUCCCUUUGCCCAUCCAGACAUCGACUCCAUCAUCCACCGAUUCAUCCGAACCCACAACAACGAAGAGCCCUCCAACGUACACUACCCCCACGUACACAAUCCCUUGAUGGACGAGUAUUCGCGACUGGUUAAAGAGCUAGAAGAAGAGAAGAAGCUGAGCUUGGCCUUGGCUCAGAGAAAGAAGAUGCCGAAUUCAGGUGGGUCAGGGUUUUGGUGGGACGCUGAAGUGGGUAGCCUGGGCUCACAUGAACUGACCUCUUGGGUCGAGUCUGUUGAGAGGCUUAGGGAGAAUGUGGCAAAGCGAGUAGGAGAGGUUCAGAAGGGCUCGAACCAAGUUGAGGUGGGUGCGCCCUCAUCGAGCCCACCGCUUGUCGAUUCGGAUACCAUCAAUUUGGCUCCUCUUCCUGAGUCCAUUGAUUUUCUAGAGCAUUACCAGUUUUAG